UUUAUUAUGCACUUUUCAAGAUGGCAGCCCCCAGUUGUUAAGUAAAUGUAGGCCUAGUGCGGGUUUUCGCGGAAGGUCAGCCAUAGCCAUGAUUCGGAAUUUAACUUCAGUGGCAAAGAGGGGGAGGAAUUGUUGUUUGAUCAGGAGUGCUUUAUUUUCAGAGACAAAAAACUUAUCAUCCUUUCAAGAACGCCGAUCUAACAUAGUUUUUCACCGACAUCGCUCAACCUAUGCUGAAAACAAAUCUAAGGAUCCAAAUAAUGAAUGCCUGUUUCAGAAACGAUAUAUUACCAUACGGUCGUGCUACGACCUUUGGAUAGAUGUGCCUAAAGCAGGUUUAAUUUUUGAAGUGGAAUACUAUGACUCUAGCCCUGAUAUGUCAAUCGAUCCUAAAGUUCCCCUAGUUUUAGCGCUGCACGACACUCCUGGAACAGCCGAAGACCUGCUCCCUGUUCUCAACCUGCUCGCAAAAUUGGGAUACAGAGUCAUUGCUCCAAAUUUUCCAGGUUGUGGCAAAACCAAAUGGGUCAAGUGGAGGGAUUGGAAUGUCUUCACGGGAGCUCUGGAUGAGAAGAUGCAUUUUGUAUUUGACUUUCAGUCAGCAUUAGAUAUACAAAGAGUGGAUGUAGCGCUGGGCUACGGUAUGGGCUGUAGUACAUGUGUCGCACUAUCAGGAACAGACAGCAAUAUCUACAGAUCAAAUGCCCUCCUCUGUCCAGCAGAACACACUCCACUCAAGCCAGUUAAGGGAAAGUUACGGCAUGAGCAGGCUAGGAAUCUGUUCACUUUGUGGGAGACCUUACAAACACGCCCAUUUGUUUGGUUAUACAUGAUUUUCAACAAGGGCAAGUAUGGGUACUCUGGAUACUCUGCAAUGCAAGUAAUCAACACAGCACGGGCUAUGGCAGGCAGCCGCUACAAAUCGUUACAAGGAUUCAUGGCAAGACUUCAAACUAAAGGCGUGCCAUGUUGUAUGGUGUAUCACAGUGUGGCAGACGCUAAGGUCCCCCCAGAAAUAUCACAGGUGUAUGCAGAAUUAUUGGGCAUCAAGCCCGAAGACUUCAUAGUAUACCAGGACGACAAAAAAAAUUCAAAUCAAGGUAAAACCCAUUUUCCAAAAGGACUGAAGGUUGAACAUGAAACACCAGUGCUUUUAGAGACAUAUUCUAAACCAAUAGCAAGAAUGAUACGUGGCGUUGUGAAGACAUUAAGUUUUUGAGUGCCCAAUCAGUCUCUUUAGAGGGGAAAUCUUCAUGUUUAUUUUAACUAAUAAAAGUCAGAUUCCGAAUUUGAAAUGAAAAUAAAGAGAACAAAGUAU